GUGUGUUCAGUUUUGGUGCUUUGCAGGAUGACUGUAUCAUUUCUGCAUUUCGUGCAGUUUGUUGCCAUCCAAUCAACAGGAGGGGCUGCAUCCUGUCACACCUCAGAGUAACGGCUGACUUUGAACCUGUGAGACAUAGGUUUUGUGUGAUCAUGAGGAAGUUUGCUGGUCAUGGCAGGGUGCUGAGAAACAUUUGGACUGUCACUCUCAUCAAAAGAAGAACUACAAACGAGGAGAAACCAACAGUACCGGCAUAAUGGGCAGUAAGUAUCACUGGCAGAGCCAGAAUGUCAAGCAGAGUGGUGUUGAUGACAUGGUGCUUCUCUCCAAGAUCACUGAAGAUGCCAUCGUGGAAAAUCUCAAAAAGAGAUUUAUGGACGACUACAUCUUUACCUAUAUAGGGUCUGUCUUGAUAUCGGUGAAUCCCUUCAAACAGAUGCCGUACUUCACUGACCGUGAGAUUGAGCUCUACCAGGGAGCUGCCCAAUAUGAGAACCCACCGCACAUUUAUGCUUUGACAGACAACAUGUACAGGAACAUGAUGAUUGACAGUGAGAAUCAGUGUGUCAUUAUCAGUGGAGAAAGUGGAGCAGGAAAAACAGUUGCUGCUAAAUACAUUAUGGGCUACAUCUCUAAAGUAUCAGGAGGAGGAGCUAAAGUACAGCAUGUGAAGGAAAUUAUCCUGCAGUCGAACCCUCUGCUGGAAGCCUUUGGCAAUGCGAAGACAGUCCGCAACAACAAUUCAAGUCGCUUUGGCAAAUACUUUGAGAUCCAGUUUAGUCGAGGAGGAGAGCCAGACGGAGGGAAGAUCUCCAACUUCUUGCUGGAAAAAUCAAGAGUCGUGAGCCAGAAUGAAAGUGAAAGGAACUUUCACAUCUUUUACCAGCUAAUAGAUGGUUGCACGCCUCAGCAGAGGGAAGAAUUGGGAAUUAUGACUCCAGAUUACUACUUCUACCUGAACCAGUCUGGAACAUAUAAGGUGGAUGGAACUAAUGACAGCAAGGACUUCCAAGAAACCAUGGAAGCCAUGCAGGUGAUUGGCAUACCAGAGAUGUUUCAGAGGCAGGCGCUGCAGAUUGUAGCUGGCAUCUUACAUCUGGGUGCCGUCAAUUUCAUUGAGGCGGGAAACUACGCGCAGGUGGAGAGCACGGACUUACUGGCGUUCCCUGCGUACUUGCUGGGCAUCGACCAAAACCGUCUACAGGAGAAACUCACUAGCAGGAAAAUGGACUCCAAGUGGGGUGGUAAAUCUGAAUCCAUUGAUGUGACUCUGAACAGAGAACAAGCAUGCUACACACGUGACGCUCUCUCCAAAGCACUUUACGCCCGUCUGUUUGACUACCUUGUUGAGGCAAUAAAUAAAGCCAUGCAGAAACCCAUUGAGGAGCUCAGUAUUGGUGUUCUGGAUAUUUAUGGAUUUGAAAUUUUCCAGAGGAAUGGUUUUGAGCAGUUCUGUAUCAACUUUGUGAAUGAAAAGCUGCAGCAGAUCUUUAUUGAGCUGACACUGAAAGCAGAACAGGAAGAGUAUGUACAGGAGGGCAUUAAAUGGACACCCAUAGAAUACUUUAACAACAAAGUUGUGUGUGACUUAAUAGAAAAUAAACUGAAUCCUCCCGGCAUCAUGAGCGUGCUGGAUGAUGUUUGCGCCACCAUGCACGCCAAAGGAGAUGGAGCUGAUAUGACUCUGCUUCAGAAGCUACAGGCUGCGGUGGGGACGCACGAACACUUCAACAACUGGAACUCUGGUUUCGUCAUUCACCACUAUGCUGGCAAGGUGUCGUAUGACAUCAGCGGAUUCUGUGAGCGAAACAGAGAUGUGCUUUUUCCUGAUCUCAUAGAAUUGAUGCAAAGCAGCCAAUAUGACUUCAUCCAGAGCCUCUUCCCAGAAAACCUCAACACGGAUAAGAAAGGUAGACCAACCACCGCUAGCUCGAAGAUCAAAAGACAGGCCAAUGAGCUGGUUAGCACACUGAUGAAGUGCACACCGCACUACAUCCGCUGCAUCAAACCCAACGAGACCAAGAGGCCCAAAGACUGGGAGGAGAGCAGAGUGAAACAUCAGGUGGAAUAUCUUGGCUUGAGGGAAAAUAUUAGGGUACGACGAGCCGGCUUUGCUUAUCGUAGAAUCUUCCAGAAGUUUUUACAGAGGUAUGCCAUUCUUACAGCAGAGACGUGGCCUAAUUGGCGUGGUCCGGAACAGCAGGGCGUUUUGCACCUCUUGCGUUCUGUAAACAUGGACACAGAUCAGUACCAAAUGGGACGCACCAAAGUCUUCGUCAAGAAUCCAGAGUCGCUAUUUUUGCUGGAGGAGAUGCGAGAGAGGAAGUUCGACACAUUUGCCAGGACCAUCCAGAAGGCGUGGAGGAAAUUCAUCGCCAGGAAGAAAUAUGAACAGAUGCGGGAGGAGGCCUCUGAUAUACUGUAUAACUUUAAAGAACGACGUAAGAAUAGUAUAAACAGGAACUUUGUUGGCGAUUACCUGGGAAUGGAAGAGAGGCCUGAACUCCGGCAGUUCAUGCUCAAGAGAGAGCGAGUUGACUUUGCAGACUCAGUCAACAAGUUUGACCGUAGGUUCAAGUCUAUAAAGAGGGAUCUGAUACUUACACCGAAAUCCAUCUACCUAAUCGGUCGGGAAAAGGUAAAGAAAGGACCAGAGAAAGGCUUGAUAAAGGAAGUUCUGAAAAGAAAGCUUGACAUUAAAAGUGUCCAUUCGAUCUCUUUGAGCACAAGGCAAGAUGACUUCUUCAUCCUUCACGAGAGUGAGUAUGACAGUCUGCUGGAGUCCACAUUUAAGACUGAGUUCCUCAGUCUGCUGUGCAAACGUUAUGAGGAGCAGACCCAAAGCAAACUCACACUGUCCUUCAACGACAGGCUGGAGUUCCGUGUGAAGAAGGAGGGCUGGGGAGGAGGCAGCUCACGUGUGGUGGUUUUCCAGAGGGGACAGACCGAUGUAGCCGUCAUCAAACCUGGAGGAAAGACCCUUACUAUCACUAUAGGAGAUGGACUACCAAAGACAUCCAAGCCAACAAGGAAAGGCAUGCCACAGAGUCAAGGAGGGAGAAACCAGCCACGGCACAGAGGGGGCCAUCAGAACGGGGCUGCACAGUUUGCCCGGGGUGGUGCACAACAGCAGCAUCCCUCACAGAAGGAAGCGACGUACUCCAUGCCAGUGAGGAACCCUCCACCUAGCAACGCUCUUCCUAAACUGGGAUCGCAGAAGAAUCGAAGAGGCUCCAGGCCAGCCCAGAAUCAGUCCACGAACCUCGACUUCCUCAAUGUGCCUGAUCAGGGCAUGUCAGGAAUGCAGCGGAAAAGGAGCAUCAGUCAACGCCCUCCACCGGCCCCCUCUAGCCGUCCCAAACCUCAGCCCCGACCACAGGGCCCUCGUUGCAGAGCGCUUUACCAGUAUUUUGGCCAAGAUGUGGAUGAAAUUAGUUUUGAUGUCAAUGACGUCAUAGACCUUCUCAGUGAAGAUCCAUCGGGGUGGUGGCGAGGGCGGAUUCAUGGGAAGGAGGGUCUCUUUCCUGGAAACUAUGUGGAGAAGAUCUGACCUCUGCAUGUUAGCGAGGUCACACUGAUGCACCUGCACCCUGACCUUUGACGUCUAACCUCCUCUAGAUCAUGGAAUCCUUUAGGCUCUGGGAAUUUGGACUCAAGCCAGUGACAAGAUCAGUAGGAUUUUUUGCAGAAUUUUAUGACUUGUUUUUUUUUGUUUUUUCUUUUGUUUACAAAGACUCUGCACUGUCCACAAAUGACCACUUGGCUGUGCUGUUGUGCAGUUUGAAAGAUUUUUGAGAAUGGUUUCUUUUUUUCAAAGGGAAGAACAACAAUCAAAGCCUUUUCCUCAAUUUUUAUGUCCGAUUUCCUGAAAUUUUCUGUAAUAUGUAAAAAUAUUUUCUAUGGAUCAUUUUUUUUUAUUCCAUUUUAUUUCUCGUCAUCUGUGUAAAAUCUCCAUUCAAAUCUUUAUAGAAAGUAUAAAUUGAUGUCUGAUAUUAGCAGUAUUAAAGAAAGCUUUGUUUUACAUGUUCAGUGCUGCACUAUAUUAAAUUUUAAAUGAAAAA